AUGGCUCAGACGAGAUUCACUUCACAGCUAGUGCCACUUGCUGCAGAGGAUCCCUUAUAUGAAGUCUUAGCUGCAUGCCAAUCGGACACGAGUAAGGUCAAGAUUGAUCUUGGGAUUGGUGCUUAUAAGGAUGAUAACGGCAAGCCUUGGGUGCUUCCUGCCGUUUCAAAGGCCGAAGCGAUUUUGCGUCAAAGACUCGACUACAACCACGAGUAUCUCCCAAUAUCGGGCCUGAAAUCUUUCACGGAAGCGGCUAGCGAGUUGUUACUGGGUAAAGACCAUCCCUCAAUUCAGCAAAAGCGCCUAUUGUCCAUUCAGAGUGUAUCUGGCACAGGAGCACUAUACCUGGGAGCGUUGUUCCUAGCAACAUUAACACCCUUGGCUAAACGAGUUGCCAAUAUCUCGUUCCCAUCUUGGUCCAACCACUCGGCAAUUUUCCGCACCGCCGGCUGGUCUAUAUCGGAAUACCCAUACUUGAGACCUUGUUCGCAAGAAUUUGACCUACAAGGGACGCUGGCCGCGAUCGAGGCCUCACCUCCCGAUGCAGUCUUUGUACUCCAUGCCUGCGCGCAUAAUCCUACCGGUGUAGACCCGACGCCUGAUCAGUGGAAAGAGAUUGCUCAAGCGCUCAAGAGGAAAAACCAGCUUCCAUUUUUCGACUGCGCCUAUCAAGGAUUUGCAACCGGUGAUUUUGACCGGGACGCAUUCGCCAUUCGCCACUUUGCAGAGCAAGGACUCGAGUUUUUUGUAGCACAAUCAUCUGCAAAGAACUUUGGCCUGUAUGGCCAGCGGGUGGGCUGUCUCCAUUAUAUCCCGAGCUCACUACUAUCAAAGAAGGAGAGCUGGGUCACACUUGCCCGAGUCAAAUCACAACUGUCCUCUCUGCAAAGGUCAAUUAUUUCAAACCCACCACGCUAUGGGAGUCAUAUUGUCUCUCUUGUACUUAACGACCCUGAGCUAAUGAAAGAGUGGAAGAACAACGUUCUCACCAUGUCAGAGCGCAUAGGCAAGGUUAGGAAGACGCUACAAAGCGAGUUUGAAAACCGAGGAACGCCAGGAACAUGGAGCUACAUCACAAAGCAGGUUGGCAUGUUCAUAAUGCUCGAUGUUCGAGCGGAUCAGGUCUUGAAAUUGAGGGAAGAAUAUCACAUUUAUAUAAGUCCUAAUGGAAGAGUUAGCUUGGGAGGGCUUAAUACACACAAUAUCGACCACUUUGUUAGAGCAGCCGAUAGAGUAUUGAAAGAGCAGGUGGAACUAUGA